AUGACUUUACCUUGGUGGUUCUGCCUGGAUGGUGUCAGUGGCCAGUUUGCCUGUGUGUGUUGUUGUUGGUUGAGUUGUUGUAGGUUGAGUUGUUGUAGGUUGAGUUGUUGUAGGUUGAGUUGUUGUUGGUUGAGUUGUUGUUGGUUGAGUUGUUGUAGGUUGAGUUGUUGUAGGUUGAGUUGUUGUAGGUUGAGUUGUUGUAGGUUGAGUUGUUGUUGGUUGAGUUGUUGGUUGAGUUGUUGUUGUUUGAGUUGUUGUUGUUUGAGUUGUUGUAGGUUGAGUUGUUGUAGGUUGAGUUGUUGUAGGUUGAGUUGUUGUAGGUUGAGUUGUUGUAGGUUGAGUUGUUGUAGGUUGAGUUGUUGUUGGUUGAGUUGUUGUUGGUUGAGUUGUUGUAGGUUGAGUUGUUGUUGA